AUGACGAAGCCCGAUUUCUCUAGCUGUCUUAGAUACAUGCAAAAUUGCGGGUGUAUGGCGACAGCAAGGAAGCGUGAUCCAGUCGAAGACAACAUAGUGACUAAAGAAACGAGUGACAAGGCAGCCCUUUGGUAUAAACAUUGGGUUGAUGAUGAACAUUAG